AUGUAUGGAGCAGAGGCACAGAAGCACGCAAGCCACCAGCUGGCCAGCCAGCUGCUCCACAACAAGUUCAUUUUGGUGUUGGGAGACUCUAUUCAGCGGUCUGUGUACAAGGACCUUGUUCUGCUGCUGCAAAAAGACCGUUUUAUCUCGGCAAAACAACUUAAAACCAAGGGGGAGAUGAGCUUCGAAAACGACAGCCUGGUGGAAGGAGGCUGUCAGAGUCAAAUGCACAAUGGGAGUAACUACAGAGAGAUUCGGCAGUUUCAAUCCGACCACCAUCUGGUCCGCUUUUACUUUGUGACUCGCAUCUACUCGGACUACAUGCAGAGCAUCCUAGAGGACUUCCAACGUGGCAUGAAACCAGAUGUUGUCAUUGUCAACUCCUGUGUUUGGGACAUUUCAAGAUACAAUUCCCGCUGGAUCAGUGACUACAAGGACAACCUAGAGAAGUUCUUUGGCAGGCUGAGAGACAUUAUGCCAGAAGAAACACUGAUUAUAUGGAAUCUCGCCAUGCCUGUAGGGGAGAGGAUCAGAGGUGGCUUCCUGGUGCCAGAGAUCGAGCACAAAGCCGCUCAUCUGCGUUUCGACGUCGUCGAGGCCAACUUCUACAGUGGGACUCUGGCUGAUGAGUAUGGACUAGAUGUGUUGGACCUCCACUUCCAGUUCCGUUUCUCCUUGCAGCAUCGUACAAACGAUGGAGUCCACUGGAACGCCCUCGCCCACCGCAGGAUAACCACUCUUCUGCUGCAGCACGCUGCACAGGCCUGGGGGGUGAUCUGGCCCGCUCCCCUCACUUCUGUUGAGCGGUACAAGGAGUUCUACAGUGAUUCUUUGCCUGUGUGCUACAUGGACUUUGAAACUUCCAGACGUCACUUCCCACAGCAGCCUCAAGUACCAGCCCUCAGCUAUGACAUGCAUGGAUAG